AUGAGUUUGGACGACCCAGCAGAGAUGAUCGGAGUGUUGCAACAGAAGAUGGAGGAGAUGCAGCAGCGCCAUGAGGCCGAACUCGUGGCCGUCCAAUCUGAAUGCGCGGCACGUAUCGCUCGAGAGGUGGCAGAUCGGAUGGAAGGAAGAGAGCGAGGCAAGGGAAAAUCGGUCAUGGACGAGGCGGGGGAUAAGAACGGCCGGGAUAAGACCAUGCAGGCAGAAUCCGAAGAGGAUGGAAGCAAAGCGAAAUCCAUACACGCGGAAAACACUGCCAAGGAGAGGAGGAUGGUGGUCAAACCGGAACCUACGUCUACCCUCCUGCUACCGUUCGUCCAAGCCAUUAUGGAUGUACGGAUAUCCGAGCAAUUUGUCCCGCCUCAAUUCAAAUUAUACGACGGGACAACGGACCCCGAAGCUCACAUCAAAACAUUCUCCAAUACCAUGGCAUUCCGAACGGGCAACGAUGCAAUUUGGUGCCGGGCGUUCUCGCUGUCAUUGGAAGGAGAGGCUCUGGAAUGGUUCAACUCCCUCCCUCCGAAUUCCAUUGAGAACUUUGCUAGUCUACAGCGCCUCUUCAACCGACAAUUCGCCGCUAAUAGCACACAAGACUUGACCAUAUUCGAACUGGUCACCCUAAAGCAGGGAAAGGAAGAGACGUUAAGGGCAUUUAUGGACCGGUAUCAAAAGACCGUCCGAAGGGUUAAAAAUCUAAGCCCGGAACUCUCGCUGCAUUACAUUCUGCCCGCCCUUAAACCGGGGCCCUUCAAGGAUAGUGUGUGCCGAAGAGCCCCUAAGACCAUGGAGGAGCUGCGAGAAAGGGCGGCGGACGAGAUAAGGGUUGAAGAGAUGAAGCUCUCUUACAAAAAAGAGAACCGAGACCAUAAAGGCUAG